GAGAGAGAGAGAGAGAGAGAGACGUCUUCACUCUUCAAAUCAAAUUGUCUUCCAAAUUAAACAAAAAAGCAGACAAAUUUUGCUUGCCCACAAAUGCCCUCUGCAACCCCCCAAAAAAAAUCCCAUCUUCAUCAUCAACUUCACUGUCUUUCAUGACAACUAUAAUGUCUCUAAUUUUCUUUUAUAUAUUUGCCCGAAUUAUGUGGGCUUUUGGGGUCCUUUGCCUUGGUCAGAAUUUGUUUUUUCAUCCUUACUUUUCUUUUCCUUCUCACAGAGGAAACAGGAAAGCAAAGAAAGAGAACCUUCCCACCUCCCCCAAACCUUCUCUAUUUUCUCUCUCUUGUUUCUGUCCUAUCUCUCUACUCUAUCUCUAUCUUUUCUCUCUACAUGACUUCUUUAUUGCUUUGUCCACACCGCUUUCAUAUUCAAUUUCAAUCACCAUACACCAGUUUUCUUGUUCAUUUAUCACUCUUUGCUCUCUCCCCUUUCUUCCUCUGGGUUUUCACCAGAUAGCCCUGAUAGAUAAAAUAAUAUCACCCGUCUGAUCAUCUUCAAGAUCACAAAUUUUUCUUUGAUCUGAUGUCUAAGAAGGGUGAAAGGGUUGUUUUCGAUUCAGCAACAAAUUAUGGUGUUGGACCGUACGAGGAUGCUAAAGCGAAGCUGAAGCAUCAAAAUCUUCUGCAGGACUAUGAAGAGUUGCAAAGGGAAACUGAUGCUAUGAGAAGCAAAUUAGAGGCAGCUAGCAAGCGGAAGUCAAUUCUUGCUGCUGAAGUUCGGUUUUUGCGUAAAAGAUAUAAGCACCUCGUGAAAUCAAAGAACAUGGAUUCUUCACAAGAACAAGCACAUGCACAGAAGAUAAGUCCCCCAAAGAAAGCUAAAACCCCAAAGGAAUCGGUUUUCAUCAGAAAAGGAACAAGUCCAAGUCAGCAUAUAUUAGCUUUAGUUCCUCAACUGAUAAAGAAGAAACAAUUUGUAGUUGAACCAGCUGUUCUGAUUUCUAAUUCGAACCAGAAAGACAAGAAGCGCAUGAAGAAAGAAGCUGUGGCCCCAAACGCGGCCUUAUUGUACGACAAAAUCCAGAAGGAAAGAAUCCUUUGUGCGAAUGAGGUAGGUUUAAGGAAUCCAAUUGCCACUUUCGAUUUGAAUGAGGACAGUUGCCCUAACGGUAAAGAAGCUUCUUUUCCUAGCCGAGCUCCGAUUUUCGACUUGAAUGAAAUCUCGACAGGGGAUGAGGAUUUUGGGACAAACGUUGAGGCAGUCGGGUUUGAAGAAUCAAAGAAGAGUUUAAUGAGAGGUUUAAACGACGAGCAGCAAAAUGAUAUGAAGUUGGCUUUCUGUAGAAAUUCUGGGGAAGGGUCGUCUCGUGUGGGGAAGAGGAAAAUUUCGUGGCAAGACCCAGUUGCUUUGAGGGUUUGAAGCUUAUUCAGUUUGUUUAGCUUCCUUUUUUUUCUUAUAUAUAUAUAGGGACCAGUUUGAGUUUCAUCUGCUAUACACAAUGUUAUAUUAGAAACUAUUUUGUGGGGCUAGUGAAGAAUGUUAGAUAAUUUUGUGGGACUUGUUUACUCAUAAAUUAGUUAGUAGCAGCUUUGGCCUAUUCUGUGAAAAUGGAUCAUUUUUUGGGUAUCUGUGUGAUAAUUUAUAGGAGUUCACUUAAUAUUGGGGUAUACUUUGCAGGGAUUUUGAUAAUUGCAAAAGACUCUCAAGUUUGGUAUUGGUUCUAAGAGUAAAUGUAAUUUUUUAUGUUUUUUAUUAUUCUGUGACUGUCAAGAGAUUUUUGAAAUGUUUUCUUAUAAAC